AUGGCUCGAGCACCUGGCGGCGCCCGGCGGCGGGGCGGAGGCAGCGGCAGGAGGGACGCGGCGGCGGGCAGGGGCGAGGCGGUGCGGAAGGGGCACUGGACGGCGGAGGAGGAUGCGGUGCUGCUGGAGCACGUGCGCGUGCACGGGCCCCGGGACUGGAGCUCCAUUCGAUCCAAAGGCUUCCUGCCGCGCACCGGCAAGUCCUGCCGCCUCCGCUGGGUGAACAAGCUCAGGCCAGACCUCAAGACUGGCUGCAAGUUCUCUGCAGAGGAGGAGCGGGUGGUGCUGGAGCUGCAGGCGCAGUUCGGGAACAAGUGGGCGAGGAUCUCCACCUACUUGUCGGGCAGGACGGACAACGACGUCAAGAACUUCUGGAGCACCCGCCAGAAGCGGCUCGCCAGGCUGCUGGGAACGCCUCUCCGCGGCAGGUUCCCUGCCUGGAUCAAGUUCCAUUGGAGGGCAGCUCCUCUGGUGUUCAUCCAUGCAGAGCAGCAAUACCAUUCAUGGACGCACAGAAAGUUCCAUUGGAGGGCAGCUCCUCUGGUGUUCCACCUAUGCAGCGCAGCAACACCAUUCAUGGACGCGCAGAGUGCUGCACUAGCCCCGUACGAUUGGGCAGGCUCCGGGCUUGUCGGUUUCGACGGAGCACUGCCGCUGGCCUCCGACAGCCACGCGUGCUCGUCGUCCAACGCUGCCGCACUGCCACCACUGCUGCCGUUCGACCAGCCUCCGUACCCUCUGCUCGACUUCCCAGGGCUACCACCGGCGGGCUGGAACAUGGCUCCUGGGUUCGCCAACGCCGGCGCUAUGGACCAUCUCGCCUACCAGGAGCUGCUGCCGGUGACGCAACCCGCUCCAAUGAUGCUCCCGUUCUUCGGCACGGAGUACCCGCACGGCGGCGUCAAGGCCGAGCUUCCGGACGCGGCGCCCGACAACUUCUUCGAGGACCUGCCGCCGGACAUGUUCGACUCCCUUGAUCAACCGCCGCCGCCACUGUCACCGGCUGCGACGAGCUCUGGAUUUUGA